AUGAACAAUAAAAAGCACAUUUCGCCUGUUACCAUCUGGCUCUAUCGCUCUCUUAAGUCAAAGAAGUUGUUUCAUGCCUUUCUCAAAGACAACAAGCAGUUGAAGCUAGCUCUUUUGCAAAUACUACACUCUUUUAAGAAUGGAUUUAUCUAUGGAGCCAAAUUGAGAUGUGCUCAUUCAAUCGUUUUAUUGUUUUUAUUGUCCAGCACAAGUUCGUUAUUCCAGCUUAGAAUGAAAAUUCAAAAGGUGAUAAUCAACUCGAUAAAGCAUGGCGUAUCCUUGGGAACCUAUGCGAUUAUUUACAAGUCCAUCUUAUAUUCCCUUAAAUACAUCAAAUCAAUAUCCGCGAGCAGCAAUUUUAACCAAUAUAUAAAUAAUGCAGAUGUUCAAAAUAUUCAUUUUGCUAUAAACACGAAUCAAAAUCAAAAUCAAAAUCUGAAUCAAAGAAUCUUGUUUCAUAAAAGCACUCCAUUUGAUACGUUUUUGGCUGGGUUUAUCAGUGGUUGUUUAGUUUUUGGUGAUAUCAUUCCAGUUUUUUCUAAUUCUAUAACAUAUCAAAUAACUUUGUAUUGUCUAUCAAGAAUCUUACUUUCAUUGGGCAAAUCUGUUGGUGUUCUUUUAUCUAAAAAUAAUUUAAUCAAUAUUCUUUGCAAUCUUAAAAAAUUUAAUGAUAUAAAUAAUAUCAGUGAUAUAAAUAAUAUCAGUGAUAUAAAUAAUAAGAUUACCAGUGCCAAUCGUUUAUUAAACUAUAAAAAAAUUCAAAAAAUUUCAUGGUUUUUAACUUCUGCAAUUGUUUGGGGUUUGAUUAUGACAUACCAUAAGUUUCAAGCAGACCAUUUGAAUCCAUCUUUAUUAUCUUCUAUGGACUAUAUUUAUAAUGAUUACCACUGGAGCUCAUUUUUUGAGUUUAUUUUUGGCAAAUAA